CUCAGCCGGCUCUUGAGCCAAUCCGCAACUCGGGAGGGCCCCUCCCGGCCCCGCCCACCAGCGGCUUGGCUUCCCAUUGGCCGCGAAAAAAAGGCCCGCGGACCAACGAGCGGGCGGAUCGAGCUGAAGCGGUGGCCAAGGAGCGCGCUCAUUGGUCGCGGGGGCGGGGCUUAGCGGUGCAGGUGGCCGGGCAGGGGGGCGCCGACUUCAGACUGCGGCCAGAGGGCAGCGGCGUCGGGUUUGGGGCUGGAGGCGCUGAGCGGUGGGAGUCCCUGUCUUGCCUGCCAUGGGGCUGGAGGCCGAGCCCCUCGCCGCCCCCCACCCUUACUGGCCGCGGGACCUGGAGAUCGGGCGCUAUGUCCCCAACGACCGCCCCACCUGGCACAGCCUGGCUUUCCUCUUCUCCGUCUCGGCGGCCCUGCUGGCGCUCACCUGGCGGGCCGCCGGCUGGCGGGGGUGGACGGGGGCGCCCAUGAGGCCCAGGCGACGCCUGGCCCUCUGCUGGUUCGCCAUCUGCGGCUUCAUCCAUGGCGUGAUUGAGGGCUGGUUUAGCCUCUACCACAUGGAUAUACCAGGGGACCAGUCCUUCCUCUCCCAGCUGUGGAAGGAGUACGCCAAAGGAGACAGCCGAUACGUCAUAGAGGACAACUUCACUGUGUGCAUGGAGACCAUCACUGCCUGGGCGUGGGGCCCGCUGAGCCUCUGGACCGUGGUGGCCUUCCUCCAGCGUCAGCCCCACCGCUACGUCCUGCAGCUGGUGGUGUCACUGGGCCAGCUGUAUGGCGACGUCCUGUACUUCUACACUGAGUACCGGGAGGGCUUCGCCCACAGCGAGAUGUGGCACCCGCUCUACUUCUGGUUCUACUUUGUCUUCAUGAAUGCCCUGUGGAUCAUCAUCCCCUCCAUCCUCCUCCUUGACGCCUGGGGGCACCUGAGCGCUGCCCAGAGGGCGCUGGACUCUGUCAAGGCCAAGAGACACUGAUGCCUCACUCCUCCCUUUCACCCGGGAUGGGGGUAUCUGGCACAAAACUGCCCUGGGGGGGCUGAAGAAUGAAUGAUGCUCAGGGAUUGGCGUGCGCAGGACUCUCCCUGGCUCUGGGAGGGGAGUGGGGUCCAGUGGGCUAGAGCUGGGGGGCUGGGAGCCAGGACGUCUUGACUCUUUUCCCAGCGUCUGUGAGCGACAUUCAAGUUUCUCCAAGCCGCCUUUAUCUGCCGGCCUGGGGGGGAGGGACGGACGGGUGAGGGGGGGACGAGAUCGCUAGCAGGGGUGGGGGAGAUGUCUGCCUCUCUAUGACUUGUUAUCCUAGCACCCCUUCCUCCGCCAAACCCUCCCUGGUCCCAUAACCAAAGCUCCGACCCCAUUUCGGUGUGCCACUGACAAUGACCCCCUUUGCCUCCUGACUGGCUGCAGGGUGGGGGAUGCUGGGACCUCAAGUGCCUCCGGUGGACAGGGCCAAUCAGCUUGUUUUAAUAAACACAUGUAUGUA